GGACCUGUAGUUGGAAGCUCCGGCCACCGGUUGCCGCCUCCACGGCCAGCCGCCGCGUCGCGGUUACCAAGGAGUAGGGAAGGUAGUGACCAGCGUCACGGUGGAGAAGCUCCGAGAUCCCCGAGAGGCUCGUAGGCGCGCAUCCCGCCUGAUUGGGACGUCGGCCCCGCGGACCCCGCGGAGGCGGAAGCGACGCCGGAGGCAGGCGAAGAAAAAGGUGAAAAAACAGAAAAAAAAGGAAGCCAAGGGGCCGUUUCCAAAGUCAAAGGUCAAGGAGAUGGCCUCCUCAGGAAUCUACAAGCUGGAUGAUGGGAAGCCGUACCUGAACAACUGCUUUCCAGCCAGAAGUCUGCUCCGGAUGCCGGAGGAAGGUCGAGGACACUGGUUAGUGGCUCGGAAAAGUAACCUCAAGAAGCAGCCCAAUGAUAUGGUUAGUUCACCAGCCGAAGGUCAGGAAGUCCAGAAGAAGGUCUCCUUUGAAGUCGGGGGGAAGAAAGGGUCNCAGCAGGAACACCAAGUGGAUACGCGUGGACACAUCCUGGACCAGGCUUUUCUGCUGAAGCACCACUGUGUGAGGAAUCCUGCAGACCUGUGCAGCAUUAACGUGAGCGGCCUGAAGCUCUCCAAGGCUAAGGAAAAGGACUUCAAGCAUUUUAAUUCUGUGAUUUACAUAAAUGCCUCAGAAAACCUGCUGCCUCUAGAGGUGUUUCACACAUUUCCAGCCUUAAAGGAACUGGAGCUCGCAUUUAAUGGCAUCAAAACAAUCUACGUGAAAUAUGGAGACUUCAAGUUGUUGGAAUUCUUGGACCUUUCCUUCAACAGCCUGACGGCGGAGGCCAUCUAUGAUCUGGGGAUUCUGCCACACCUCCGUGUCCUGCUCCUCACAGGCAAUGGGCUCACCUCUCUGCCACCCAAUAUGGCUGUCACAGAGCAGGAGGCAUCCGUAACAUCGCUGACGAGCAAGAGGUACAUCCUGAGGUUUCCAGCGCUGGAGACACUGAUGCUGGAUGACAACAAACUCUCCAACCCCAACUGCUUCGCCAGCCUGGCUGGACUCAGGAGACUAAAGAAGUUAAGCCUGGACCAAAAUAGGAUUUGCCGGAUCCCAUACCUACAGCAGGUUCAGCUCCGAGACGGCUCAGGGGACUGGGUGGGAGGCAGGGGAAGUCCUCACAAAAGGCCCCAGUCAAUGCUGCAGCCCAAGUCCUGGAUGUUUGAGGCCUCAGAGGAACAACCGGAUUAUACUGUAUUGCCCAUGAAAAAGGACGUCGACCGGACAGAGGUUGUGUUCUCAUCUUAUCCUGGAUUUUCAACCUCAGAGACAACCAAGGUAUGUGUACUUCCUCCCAUAUUUGAGAUUCUUCCUGUGAAGUCACUGAGGGCCAGGAACCAGACGCUGGCCCCGCCCUUCCCAGAGCUGAGAUGCCUUAGCCUAGCCUACAACAAGAUCGCCAAAGAGGAUGCUGUCCUGCCAGUAGCUCUCUUCCCAUCUCUCUGCGAGCUCAUCUUUCAUAACAACCCUCUGGUGUCUCAAACACGAGGAGUACCUCCACUGCUAAAGAGCUUCCUCCAGGAGCGACUGGGCAUCCACUUGAUUCGGAGGAAGAUAGUAAAGGCUAAGCACCAUAUUGUGAUGCCUCGGAAGGAAUCGCGGAAGGUGAAAACUCAUGUUCCCAAGGUGCCGAAGCAGCCUCUGACGCUCCCUCAUCCAUGUGGGAACACAGUCCAUUCUCCUUCAAGGGAGAAUGUACUGGAGCCAGAGGCAGAGCCAGCUGAGCAGCUGCCUACAACCAAAAGCACUUCUCUGGAGCCAGAGAUGCCUGCAGAUGAUCUGGAAAGCGUUUCCCUGCCCCACCGGACCUUUGUGCCACUACCUCCCAUCUGCUCUGACUCCACUGUGCACAGCGAAGAGACUGCAUCACGCCCAAGCGACACUGCUGGCCACCUCAGCCCAGAGCACCUGACAGAUGAAGAAACCAAGAGCACAGAGUCUAUCUUCCUGACCCAGGUGAGUGAGCUGCCUUCCUCCAUCAUCCAUAGGGAUGAUCUAGAGGUGAAGGAGAAAGACAAGAGUAGACCACCUACAGCACCCAGGGAGGUGAAGAGGACUCGGAGGAAGCCCCCAUCUGCCCCCCUCCCCAGCAAGUACCAUGGCUAUGAGGAGCUGCUUACAGCCAGGCCUGAUCCAGCCUUCAUCGAGCCAAAGGGAAUCCAGAAGAACGCCCAGGCCCUGCAGCACAUGCUAAAGCACCCGCUACUGUACCGCUCCUCUAAGGCCAAGCUGGAUACUCCGCAGAAACACUAUUUUCCCAAAGAGAAACGGGCCCAAAGGGUCCCCAUUCCACCCCCGCGGAAGACUCGAGCCCAGCUGCUGGAUGACAUCCUCAUUCGCAUGCGGGACCCCCGAAAUAUUUCAGAGGCGCCACUAGGCACCGUGCUGCGCCGGCGCGCGGAGCAGCGGCUGGUGAACCAGAAGCAGUACCUGGAGGCCAAGCGGCUACUAAAGGAGGUCCGAGCGCGCUACCGGCGGCUGGUGCGUGGCUCGCUGCGGACAGCAUUCGGAGCCACCCCACAGCCUCCAGCACGCCCCGCGCUGGGCGAGGGCCCGCCCAAGUUCGGUCGCUUCCUCGAGUUCAUGGAUGAAUUCUGCAAGGAGCCUGCAAGCAGUGACUCGAAAGGCUAGGGCAGCGCCCUGGGCCUUGCUCACCGCCCGCCUGCGCCCCAAGCCAUCCCGAAGGCUCCGCACUGUCGACCGCACCUCAGAUCCGCGUGCGGGCCUUGGAGCUCGCACCAAGGCUUGGCUUUCUGGCUGCAGAGUAGGGAGCUCACCUGGACCUCCCCUCCCUGGGCUGGGCAGGACCUGGUGCCUGGCCCAGCAGCAAUAAAAAGUGGGUACAUAGAGUACAGGCGCCAUGCGUUCUUUCUUGGGUCAGGGCCCGGUGGCAGUGGGAAACACCUCACUGAGGAAGUGCAUCCCAAGGCCUGUGGGCAACCUGCUUGCAACAAAUGUGUACACAGGGAUGUGAUAUGGCUAGGAUAGGAGAUGGGGUGGAGGUGGGGUUUGAUGAAACUCACCGAAGUUAACACGUCCAGCCAAUACAGGAAGCAAAACCCAGGCCCAGAAAGGAUGCUUUGCUGUUGGACAGCUUCUUCCUUCUAAAGCGGAGGCAAGGGAGUGGGCUGUCUGAAAUCCCACUGCAAACAUGGGGCUGUGGCUCUAAAACAGACCCUGUGGCUGUGCCAGGUCAAUCCCGGUUCACAGCAAGCAAGCUAGUUCUGGCAGAGGAAACCUGUCCCGUUGCCCCAUUCUUGGCAAGCACCCAGGAACCAGCACCUUCUACAGAGAAGGAUCUGGGGCUGGGCCCCAGGCAUUCAUAGGCAUUUGGGGAUGAUUAUCUCUAGGUCACUGAAAUAACAAAAUGGGUGUGACCUAGUCACCCUGGCAAGCCCUGCCCGAGGCUUCUCUCCUAGGAAUGGCUACAAUUCAGACCUGGGUAGCAGGCCCAUAGUUCAGCUCAGGUAUGUCCUUAAACUCUUGCCAAACGGAUCUGUUUUCCUAGUCAUUUGGCCAAGAUGCCAUUGAGCACCCUGGGAGAGACUAAUGUGGCCAGAGAUGCUGACUGUGCUUCACACACCACACUGCCUCAGGAUCCUCAGGAUCCCUCCCUCUCUUGUAAGGGACACUGAGGGAAGACAGUGUGGUCUCGCUAGUCCAGUUAGACCUACUCCAGGAGGAGAGGCUCUAACCCAGAAAGCAACGGGAACCAUGUUAGCCAAGGCCAGUGGUAGAGAAUGGCACUACUCUGGGGCAGACCUGAGGCAAGCAGAAGACAGUCAGUGACUUCGAUGUCACAAGGCCACAGCUUCUAGACUAUGAAAUAUUGUUGGGGACAGAGUUUUCCACUGUAAAUGAGAGCCACACCAUUCACCACACCAGGAUAUAAGGGGUUUAUGAGGGAUAUGUGGAUUUUGUGACUUCAGUGGCCAAGAGACAAUCAAGCACUAUUCUCAUAUUUCCAACACUGUUUCUUGCAAAUCAUUUUAACAACUCUUUGAAGGGGGCGGGUCAGAUGAUUUCAGAGAUCAUUCAAAUGCUUGUUUACGGGAUUUGGCAUGGACUCGUACAGAAGUCUUUCAAACUAGCCUUCCAAGUUCAGAUAGAAGAGAGAUCCAUUUCUUCUCUGUUGGAUGAGAUACUGACACCAAGGGGAUUUUAAUGCAUUUCUGAAAAUGGUUCUUAAAAAAGGGAUAUUUAAAAUAAUCAAAUGUUCAAAUCUAAUGUGCAAAGAUGGUAUCAUUUCAUCCACUCAUUCUCCAGUGCUUUCUUGGUGUCUUAAUUAGGAGUAUGAAUGGUUGCAUUGAGAAUGACAGCAGAUUGGAGUUAAAAUGUAAAUGGGAUGUGGCAUCAAAAGACAGAGAGACCCCAAUCCAGCGCCUAAUCUUGCCCAUUAUUCUGAGUGCCAAAGCAAGAUAUUCCAACAUGUAGCAUCUCCCAGAGCAGAGAGAGCACCAAAAAUUCAACAGCAAACAGUCAACACUUAGCCUGUGUCUGUCUGGGAUCACUCUCAAGAUAAGACUUUUGUCUAGAAACAACAUUCACUGUAAAUUUACUUUACUGUAGUCUCAACUUGGGCCUUGCCUCAAGCAGGCAAACAUACAUUGAAGAAUGCACUUUGGUACUGUUUACAUAAACACACCAACCCACUUGAUUCCACAUCAUUUCCUGGUUGGCAGCAGCGUCCCUGACAGGGCAUGCCCUGUUCCGAAUCCUCUGUCUUUGUCCAAAUGCUCUUCAUGAUGAGUUGGAGAGGAGGAAACUGGCCGGCAGUGGCAGUCCAAAAGGGCCCUGGCCCCUUCUCCAAUUCUAAUGCG